UGGGGGUGCCCCGAGCCUGUCCAGUCACUGCUCAGCCACCAGCACCCCUCAGGGAGUCCCGACCGGCCUGGGGAGGGGACCGCUGUCAUGGGGGACCCCUUCAUCAGACACAUCGUCCUCCUGGGCUUUGAGAAGCGUUUUUCUCCAAGUCAGCAUUACGUCUACAUGUUCUUGGUGAAAUGGCAGGACCUCUCAGAGAAGGUGAUCUACCGCCGGUUCACCGAGAUCUACGAGUUCCAUAAACUGCUAAAAGAAAUGUUCCCCAUCGAAUCUGGACAGAUCAGCUCGGAGAACAGAAUCAUCCCCCAUCUCCCAGCGCCUCGAUGGUUCGACGGGCAGCGGACCACAGAGAACCGCCAGGGCACUCUGACGGAAUACUGUAACACCCUGAUGAACCUGCCCACCAAGAUCUCCCGCUGCUCCCACGUCCUUGAGUUCUUCAAAGUAAGGCCCGACGACCUGAAGCUCCCCUCGGACAACCAGGCGAAGAAGCCAGAGACCUUCCUGAUGCCCAAAGAUCCCAGGAACAAUGCUUCCGACAUCACCGGCCCCAUCAUCUUGCAGACCUACAGGGCCAUUGCCGAUUAUGAGAAGAACUCCAAUACGGAAAUGAUGCUGAAGUCGGGGGAGCUGGUGGAUGUGGUGGAGAAAGGGCAAAGUGGUUGGUGGUUUUGUCAAACCAAGGAGAAACGUGGCUGGUUACCAGCUUCUUUCCUGGAGCCCAUAGACAGUCCAGAUGAGUCUGAAGAACAGGAGCCCAAUUAUGAAGGAGAACCUUAUGUCACCAUCAAAGCUUACACUGCUGUGGAGGAGGAUGAGAUGACACUGGAGGAAGGGGAAGCCAUCGAGGUUAUCCACAAACUUCUGGAUGGCUGGUGGGUCAUCAGGAAAGGUGACGCCACCGGCUACUACCCAUCCAUGUACCUGCAGAAGGCUGGGCAGGACAACACACAAGCCAAGAACCUCAUCAAGAAGCGGGGAGCUCCACCCCGCAGGUCCUCCAUCCGCAACGCUCAGAGCAUGCACAAGGCCUCCCGAAAGCGCAUCAGCCAAGAUUCCUACCGGAGAAACAGCGUGAAAUUCAUUCAGCAGCGGAGGAAGAUGAGGCAGCUCAACGCCCAGAAAGGGGACAGCCAGCCCGUCCGGGAGGAGUCCCCGGAGGCGUCCCUGAAGUCGCCCAUGAAGCCGCAGCCCGCCGUGCCCCCACGGCCCAGCCAGGACCUCAUCCUGAACCGCUGCAGUGAAAGCACCAAGAGGAAGCUCCUGACCUCAGCGUGAGCUCCGUGCCAGCCCGGGAUGGGGAGGACUCUGUGGGCGCACGGUCCCCGGAGCCCUGUUCUCCCCGCGCCCUGCCCCGGGCUGCCCCCCCCCCGGGACCUCAUGCCUGCCUCCGUCCUGGUCCCACUUGGGCUCCCCCCGCCCCAGGAAGCCCUCCCAGCCUCUGGCGGGCCCGCAGCUCGCUGCCCCGCUGUGCCGCCCCGCACUCGCGUGUGAGACCCUGGGAAUUGCUCGGAGGGGGCCCCCCGCCCUGCACGGUCCGUCUCUGGGUGCUGGCCCUCAGUAAGCCCGGGCUGAAGAGGCCCGAGGGCCGCCCGCCACUCCCGGUGUCCCGCCUCCACGGCCCGCGGGGGCACUUGUGUCCAGCCUUGUCAGGCCUCGGCUUGGAAGGGCCCGGCUGCAGGGGGGCCCUUCCUCCUGGAGCUGCGCUAGCCAGAGACUCCGCGUCUGGGCAGCCUUCCCCCCUUCGCUCCCCUUCCCAGCGGCUUCUGCAGGUCUUCGUCCUCCCUCCAAAGCCCAGGAGGAGGCAGAGAGGCCGGGACUCUGACCUCAAGAGCCUUCUUUGGAGUCUCCCACCCCCUCCCACCCCUGAGCCAUAAAGCCCGGGACCAGGCCAGGCGGCCACCGGGGUCCCUUCUGGCCCUGGACGCUCUGGGUCCAGCUCCGGGUCUCCUGGUGACGCUCCCAGAGCACAUCCGGCUGCUCGUGUGAGACCUGCUGGGUGCAAACGUUGAGUGUUCGACCGAUGGGCCAAACAUUCGGAGCACGAAGGGGGACAUGUCUGUCCCCGAGUGUGGCAAGUGCCCACUGGGAGAGCUGCGGACCUGAGUUCAAAUCCCAGCUCUGUUGCUCUCUCACUUGGGCCGGUCCCCUCGGCCUCACGGGGGCCGGGAUGGUCUCUGAGGUCCUGGAGCUGACGGCAGUGGGAGGGGCAGGUGUCCCACCUGGUGUUGCCCAAAUCUGCUCAGCCUCCCCCUUCCACAACUCACUGAAGGCCCUCUGGGGGCCCCCAGUCCCUCAGCCCAGUCCCUUGCUUGCUCUGGGUAAGGGUGUGUCCGGGGCACUCAGUGGGACUGGCUGAUCUGCUCCCCGGAAGGAAGCUGGCCUGUCUGAGUAAUCCCCACAAGGACCUUUCCUUCCCCCAAGAUAAGCCCACCCGCAGUUAGCUUCCUCCUCCACCACCGAACCCUCCCGACCCCGACACGAUUAUUGGGGGUUCCUGCUACUCCGGGGAGACCUCCCUGUCUCAUCUACAAACCGAGCAGCCUGUGCCCCCCUGCCUCAGAGACUCUUCCAGUUCCCAAGGCCCUGUGACAGAGCUGAUUUCUUCCUUUGCCAUAUUACAUGGGCAGCUGGGUGGGGCAGUAGUUAGAGUGCCCUAAAUGGCGGCAGGAUGACCUGAAGUCGGCCUAGCUAUGGACUCUGGAUAAAGCAUUUGACCUCUGUUUGCCUCAGUUUCCACAUCUGUCAGAUGGGAGUAAUAAUUAGAGCACCAAUGCUCCCAGGAUUGUAGCAAACAUCAAAUAAGAUAAUUAUAAAGCCCUUAGCACAGUGUCUACCCAUUGUAAGUGUUUAUAAAUGUUGUUUUUAUUAUAAUUAA